AUGUCGAUUGACGUUCCUUCUACCCGUCGGAGCCGGGGGUCAUCAGACCGGAUGCUGAUUGACGAGAUCCAGCAUCAUUAUCCCACACAGAACCUCCCACAACAGGUGUACAGUCACUGUGACCCUUCAUUUACUACUCGCCCGACUGUCUCGCCGACCAUGACAUGUUCUCGAAAUCCACAUUUCCAACGAGAACGUACGCUCGCGUCCAGCGCUUUGCCUCCCACAUCCUUUUCAUUGCAACGUAUCUCUCCAUCGCAUGAUAGAGGUUCCCCUCGCGGAGAAGCUAAUUCGGCGUCGUCGCAAUCAUUAUCUCUGCAACAUGGGCGCGACAAGAAAAAUCAAGUCCUCUCCCCAAUAACAUCCCCUUCUCGCCCAUGCAUAUCACAACCGCCUCCUAGCAUGAUCCCCAGCUCCCUUGCACGCCCUCCGGGUCGCUCAGGAUUCUCACCAGCUGCACCUCCCGGAACAUUCUCCCCAAAACAUGGGACUCCGGCUUCAAGGCAGGGGAAUGGAUCGCCUUCCACGAGUCCAGAUGCUAUCAUCGUCUAUCCCCUACCAGCAGGAGUCGUGUUCCGUCGUUGUGUCCGACAAGAUAGCCAACCUAUUGCUCUUCUCUCCAUUGAUUCUCGUUCAGCAUGUGGCACAUCUCCCCAGUCAACUCAGUCGCUCUCCCCUAUCAAUGAGGUUUGGCUCCCGCCUAUGGAGAAGCAGUUGGAAAUGGCCCGCAAGUCACAGGUGAAAGCCAGGUUCAGAAAAUUUAAAGCUAUCAUUGGCGGGGCUGUCAACGAAAUCAGGGAGGUAAUUGUGCCUUAUCAUAAGGACCAUCGAAAGCGUAAAGUCGCACGCACGAAUACCAACUCAGAACCUUUCUCUGAAGUUCCCGACUACCUGCGAUCUCUAGAGCGUUGUAACCCACCCCAAACCACACACACAUCCCGGUCUCAACCACGCACAUCAUUUGACAUUAGGAAGGAUGUUGACCACAUCACUCAAACGUGGACGAAGCUCGCGCUGUGCGAUUCUCCAACGGCAUUGCGAGGGGAUGACGUGCUCCUUCAGGGCGAAGUACCCCAUCUUUCUUUAUCUCCCCCAAGAAUCAACGAGCCUCCCAUGAGCAAAGCAGAUCACCACCUUCGAGAUAUCAUGGGAGAUGCUGCGAACUUGGCCGCUCCCACAUUUCGCCGACGCAGGACUGCCGAUGCCUUCGAUUCAACAGAUCAUACCUCGACUCCCUAA